AUGCCCACCGAAACCAAGUCUCGCAGAAGAAGAUGGAUUCACACGGGGGGCCCCAUCACAAACAUCACAGAUGUGCCCGAAGGCUGGAGCUCCUGUGAGCCAGAUCUCCACAAAGAUGAUGUGGACGGCCAAAUUGCGUGCUGCCGUGAAAGAAUCAGAGAUGCAAUCAUGCCCGAUAUAUUCCGCCACAGACUGGCGCACUUUCUCCAGCGUCGAAGCCAGAUGAUCGCAUCCGAGCGAUCAGGCCUACCAUGGCCAGUCGUCCAACGCUUGUCAUUCCUCAAGGCGACCAAGUACUUGCUGGAGCUCAAUGGCGACCACGACGAGCAAAUGCCAAACAUCAACGGCCUCAUGGAGGCCUACCAGUCUGACAAGAAAUUCGAGAAGGGGGCGAUAAGCUACUGGUACCAGGGGGCUCAGAUCUACCCUGAGAAGGAUGGCGACAAGCUUGACUACUGGCAGGCCACACACCUGCAGAGCCGUUUCACCGGUGCCUCGAGCUUCUGGGUUGAAGGGCUUGACGUGCCCUGGUCGGCCGAAGUGAGCCUACACUGA